GCUGCCGGCUUGACAUGCAGAAGCCGCGGCGGCUCGAGAGGCUGGGGCUGCGGUGGCGGCGGGCGGCGGGCCUCGGGGCGCAGAGCGACACGUCCUAGCGCGCCGGACGGCCGAGGGGACGCGGGCAGCCGGCCCGUCCCGCCAUGGAGAUGGAGAAGGAGUUCGAACAGAUCGACAAGGCCGGGAACUGGGCGGCCAUUUACCAGGAUAUUCGACAUGAAGCCAGUGACUUCCCAUGCAGAGUGGCGAAACUUCCUAAGAACAAAAACCGGAACAGGUACCGGGAUGUCAGCCCCUUUGACCACAGUCGGAUUAAAUUGCACCAGGAGGAUAAUGACUACAUCAAUGCCAGUUUGAUAAAAAUGGAGGAAGCCCAGAGGAGCUAUAUUCUCACCCAGGGCCCUUUGCCAAACACAUGUGGGCACUUCUGGGAGAUGGUGUGGGAGCAGAAGAGCAGGGGUGUGGUCAUGCUCAACCGUAUCAUGGAAAAAGGCUCGUUAAAAUGUGCCCAGUAUUGGCCACAGAAAGAAGAAAAGGAGAUGGUCUUUGAUGACACAAAUUUGAAAUUGACACUGAUCUCUGAAGAUGUCAAGUCAUACUACACAGUGCGACAGUUGGAGCUGGAAAACCUGGCCACCCGGGAGGCUCGGGAGAUCCUGCAUUUCCACUAUACCACAUGGCCUGACUUUGGAGUCCCUGAGUCGCCUGCCUCCUUCCUCAAUUUCCUUUUCAAAGUCCGAGAGUCAGGCUCACUCAGCCCGGAUCAUGGUCCCAUCGUGGUGCACUGCAGCGCUGGCAUCGGCAGGUCGGGGACCUUCUGUCUGGCUGACACCUGCCUCUUGCUGAUGGACAAGAGGAAAGACCCCUCUUCUGUGGAUAUCAAAAAAGUGCUCCUGGAGAUGCGCAGGUUCCGCAUGGGGCUAAUCCAGACAGCCGACCAGCUACGCUUCUCCUAUCUGGCUGUGAUCGAAGGUGCAAAGUUUAUCAUGGGCGACUCCUCAGUGCAGGAUCAGUGGAAGGAGCUCUCCCAUGAGGACCUGGAACCCCCACCUGAGCAUGUCCCCCCACCUCCCCGACCACCCAAACGUAUCAUGGAGCCUCACAAUGGGAAGUGCAAGGAACUCUUCUCCAACCACCAGUGGGUGAGCGAGGAGACCAGUGAGAAUGAAGACAGCCUGGCCAGAGAGGAAGGCAGAGACCCCUUCAGUGCCGUGCAUAGCAUGAGCAGCGUGAGUCAAGACACUGAAGUUAGAAAACGGAUGGUAGGUGGAGGUCUUCAAGGUGCUCAGGCAUCUGUUCCCACCAAGGAAGAGCUGUCCCCAGUGAAGGAGGAACAAAAGGCACACUGUCCGACGCACUGGAAGCCCUUCCUGGUCAACAUGUGCAUGGCCACAGUCCUGGCGACUGGCGCGUACCUCUGCUACCGGGUGUGUUUUCACUGACGGACCUCUGGGAAGCGUGAGUGCGGUGGGCACUGCUGCUGCCCAGCUUGGGAGUCGGUCGGUCUGCGGCGUCGGGCCUGCUGUUAGGGGAGCAGCUCGCAAGCCUGCGGUGGAACUGGAAGGGCCAGCCCCAGGAGGGGCGUCAAUGCACUGGGCUUCAAAGCCCCAUGGUCCCAAGAACAGCCUAAUCUCAGGGCCUUAAGCUGUUGAGGAGAAGUGGAGGAAACGCCAAAUACUCUCACUCACCCGCUCUCUCACCUCACUCCCCCCUUUCCUUCUGUUCGUUGUUUUUGGAAAAAAAAAAAAAAAGAAUUACAA